AUGGCAGCUUCGUCAUCCUCUGCCGAUGCCAUUGGGACUACAGAGAGAAGGGGAAUACCGGCGGCCGCAUUCGUAGAAGACGUCCAAGCCUAUCUGACUCAAUCAGGUCUAGAUGUCAACUCUUCCCUCGCUUUCCUCCAAGAAAGACUUCAACAAUACAGGGUGGUGGAAAUGAAACUUCUUGCUCAGCAGAGGGAUCUUCAGGCAAAGAUUCCUGACAUCGAGAAGUGCUUAGACAUAGCUACCACUUUGCAAGCUAAGAAGAGUGCUGGUGAGGCAUUGAUUGCUGAUUUUGAAGUGUCAGAAGGCAUCUACUCCAGGGCUUGCAUUGAGGACACUGAUUUUGUGUGUCUGUGGCUGGGAGCAAAUGUGAUGCUGGAGUAUUCUUGUGAAGAGGCUACCACUCUUCUACAGAAGAACUUGGAAAACGCUAAAGCCAGUUUAGAAGUUCUUGUUGCUGACCUACAAUUCUUACGGGAUCAAGUGACAAUUACCCAGGUCACAAUUGCUCGUGUAUACAACUGGGAUGUUCAUCAACGUAGACUCCUGAAAACCACUGCUCUUAAAGAUUCAUGA